AUGUCGGAACCAGGUACAGGCAGAACUUAUCAAGAGACAUUUGAACUCUCCAUUGGCAGAACUGAAGAGGCAGAUUCCAAUUCCUUUGAUGAUGAUGGCCGUCCCAAAAGAACUGGAUAUUGGAUGACUGCAAGUGCCGAUAUAAUAAAAGCUGUCAUUGGGUAUAGAGUGCUGUCUCUGCCAUGGGCUUUUGCUCAGCUUGGUUGGAUUGCUGCUCCUGUUUCAUUCAUUCUGUACUCUGUGGUCACUUAUUACACCUCCUGUCUUCUAACAGCCUGUUACCGUACUGGAAACCAAGUUACAGGCAAUAGAAACUACACUUACACGGACGCUGUUAGAUCACACCUAGGUGAAAGGAUGGCAAAGUUGUGUGAAUGUGUUCAACAUGCGACCCUUUUUGGAAGGGAAAUAGGGUCCACCAUUGCAGCUUCCAAAAGCAUUGAGUGA